AGAAAAGCGAGCGACCCGCGCAACUCGAGUCUCGAUUGAAGCGUGCUAGAUACGCAGACGGUGAUGAAAAAGUGGCACACGACGAGAAAUAGGAGUGCUCACGGCCAGCAAGACAACAAACCGCCAGUUCAAGAUAAUCCGCAACAUGGGCACCCUGAGCAAGGGUUCGCGCGAGAACAGGACGCCCCCGGCGGUGGCGCCGCCCCAGGUGCCCAGCCACUACGCCCCAAACUUCCCCAUGGGCCACCCGAGACGCAGCAUCGAGCAAAACAGGGGCGUUGUCGGCCUCGGCCCUGGCUACAGCACCCGGCCCAUGCAGCCCACCAGCCAGCUGCUCACCCACACGGCCUGCCGCACCCCCACCACACCUCGCACCACCAGCAAAAUCCAAAUCCGGCCCUCAUGUAUGUCGGCCCCAGGACCCCCUCAGAUCGGUAUGGUGCAUCCAAUCAACUACGGGAACCAGUCUCACAACCAAAACCACCCGCAAACGCCGCCUCCCGCCUCCACCUCCGCUCCCAACAUCAGGAGGUCCGCUGCCCAGCACAUUAUUCCCGCUCGACACUCUCACAUGAGCAUGCCUCAUCACUCCGACAUCUCCUUUGGUGCACCAGGGAGGUGGUGCGGAUGACCUGACUCACCAUCUGCAUAUGGUGAGGGGUGGCCAGGGCUCGCCGCCACUGCCGCCGCCUCCAAUGCCUGAUUCGCAGCAGCUGCCCCCUUCGUACGGCUACGGAUGCAGCUCGAUGGGAUUUGUGCCUGCGAAGACGCGGGACUGCCCGGAUGGGUGCCAAAGAAUUACAAGGAUGAAAGACGGUGAUGAAAAAGUGGCACACGACGAGAAAUAGGAGUGCUCACGGCCAGCAAGACAACAAACCGCCAGUUCAAGAUAAUCCGCAACAUGGGCACCCUGAGCAAGGGUUCGCGCGAGAACAGGACGCCCCCGGCGGUGGCGCCGCCCCAGGUGCCCAGCCACUACGCCCCAAACUUCCCCAUGGGCCACCCGAGACGCAGCAUCGAGCAAAACAGGGGCGUUGUCGGCCUCGGCCCUGGCUACAGCACCCGGCCCAUGCAGCCCACCAGCCAGCUGCUCACCCACACGGCCUGCCGCACCCCCACCACACCUCGCACCACCAGCAAAAUCCAAAUCCGGCCCUCAUGUAUGUCGGCCCCAGGACCCCCUCAGAUCGGUAUGGUGCAUCCAAUCAACUACGGGAACCAGUCUCACAACCAAAACCACCCGCAAACGCCGCCUCCCGCCUCCACCUCCGCUCCCAACAUCAGGAGGUCCGCUGCCCAGCACAUUAUUCCCGCUCGACACUCUCACAUGAGCAUGCCUCCUCCGACAUCUCCUUUGGUGCACCAGGGAGGUGGUGCGGAUGACCUGACUCACCAUCUGCAUAUGGUUAGGGGUGGCCAGGGCUCGCCGCCACUGCCGCCGCCUCCAAUGCCUGAUUCGCAGCAGCUGCCCCCUUCGUACGGCUACGGAUGCAGCUCGAUGGGAUUUGUGCCUGCGAAGACGCGGGACUGCCCGGAUGGGUGCCAAAGAAUUACAAGGAUGAAAGACGGUGAUGAAAAAGUGGCACACGACGAGAAAUAGGAGUGCUCACGGCCAGCAAGACAACAAACCGCCAGUUCAAGAUAAUCCGCAACAUGGGCACCCUGAGCAAGGGUUCGCGCGAGAACAGGACGCCCCCGGCGGUGGCGCCGCCCCAGGUGCCCAGCCACUACGCCCCAAACUUCCCCA